AUGAUGGCCCGGGCAACUCCAGUCCAAACAGCUGUUCCUCAGGCUGGAGUAGCCCGACGUGAUGCGGCCACAACUACGUCGGCGACAAACGCGGAGGCCACUACAGCGACAACCACGACAGCAACGGAGUUCCAAUUGACAUUGAGUCUGGAUCUACCUUCCGACACAUGUACGCCGACUAUAGCGCCCGACAAAAAUGGCUAUGUGCCGCCAUCAGAGUGUAACGCCUUAUAUCUAUAUUACCCGUCUUUCAAAGCUGCGAUCGCCGCCACCGUGAUUUUUGGGCUCAUCCUAGUGACACAUUUCGUGCAAGCAACCAUUUACAAAGCGGGCUUUGUCUGGGUGGUGCUCAUGGGAGCCGCAUGGGAGACUGUGGGCUAUGGAACCCGCGCCUUGAGCACUCGCAAACAACAAGAUAAUACCAUCGCGACCGUCACACAGAUGUUCAUCCUUUUGGCCCCAUUAUGGGUCAAUGCCUUUGACUAUAUUGUUUUGGCUCGGAUGAUCAAUUUCUUCGUCCCCGAGCGUCGCAUCGGCAUUUUCAAACCUUCCUUGCUGGCCAAGAUCUUUGUUUUCCUCGACUUUGGCUCCUUCAUUAUCCAAAUGAUUGGAGGAUUUAUGGCCACCGGUACAUCGGAGCAGCAAAUGAACGGCAUUCACGUCUACAUGGCUGGUAUCGGCAUUCAACAAUUUUUCAUCCUCUGCUUUUUGGUGCUAGCCUUCCAAUUCCAUCGAUUGAUGCUGAAGCUCGAUCGAGCUGGUAGAUUGUUCGGCGAGAAGCAGAACUGGCGGAAGCUUCUUUACGUUCUCUAUGCCAGUCUGCUGUUUAUUACUGUCCGUAUCUUCUAUCGCUUGGUUGAGUUCUCAUCCGGGUAUGGGGAAAAUAAUCCCAUCCCUUACCAUGAAUGGUACAUGUAUGUGUUUGACGGCAUUCCUAUGGCCUUCGCUAUCCUUGUCUGGAACUUUGCGCCACCUGGUGCUGUGUUGCAGGGCCCAGAUGCAAAGAUGCCUUCCAGUGGCAUCGGGAGACUUCUGUGCUGUAACGGCUGCGGCUGCUGUGGAGGCUGUUGCUGUCGAACCUGCCGGAAGCGCGGCAAGGGGAAGAAGGAUAUGCAGAGGCUGCCCGAUAACGACAUCUAUGGAGAUGAUGUUCCACUACACCAGCGCGACUCGUCGCCUUACAGGGACACGAGAUAUUCUUCCGGUCGCUGA